CCUAGUCCCGACUGUAUUAAUUUAUAGAGGUUUUAAUUGUAUUAUGCACAUGUUGUUGUUGUUGUUGUCUUGAUUCGAUACGAUGAAGUUCUUUAAUUGUAUAAUUUUUCGUGUUUUAAGAGUUUCAUCCUAAUGCUUGGAGUAUGAUUUUGCAGAUUCGAAAAGGAAGGACCAUAAAAUAUUAAUAGUGAGUUUGACUUUGUCGCUGGGAAUGAUUCUCCUCUGCACGAGCUUCGCAGUGUGCAUAUACACGAGAAAGAAAAUAUAUGCGAAGCUGAGGAAAACCGGACGGAACGAAGACCUGGAGCUUCCGUUGUUCGACUUAUCGACUAUAUCAAAAGCUACCGAAAGUUUUUCACCAAACAAUAAGCUCGGAGAGGGUGGUUUCGGACCUGUCUACAAGGGUACAUUGGGAAGUGGGCAAGAAAUUGCAGUGAAAAGGUUAUCGAAAACAUCGUUGCAAGGAAUCAAAGAGUUCAAGAAUGAAGUUAUCUUUAUCGCUAAACUUCAGCACCGAAAUCUCGUGAAGCUUUUAGGAUGCUGUGUUGAAGGAGAGGAAACCAUGUUGGUUUACGAGUACAUGCCGAAUAAAAGCCUCGACUUGAUCUUAUUCGAUCCUUUCAUGAGUAAGCUACUCGAUUGGCCCAAACGGUUUCAAGUCAUAUGUGGUAUUGCAAGGGGGCUCGUUUAUCUUCAUCAAGAUUCUCGACUUCGAAUUAUCCACAGAGACCUCAAAGCUAGCAAUAUAUUACUAGAUACGGAUAUGAACCCAAAAAUAUCAGACUUUGGUUUGGCUCGAAGCUUCGGAGUGAAUGAGAUUGAAGCUAACACUAGCAGAGUUGUCGGGACUUACGGCUAUAUGUCACCGGAAUACGCAUUCGAUGGUUUGUUCUCGGUAAAAUCAGAUGUAUAUAGCUUCGGUGUGAUAGUGCUGGAAAUUAUGAGCGGCAAAAGAAAUCGAGGAUAUUCCUACAUGGAUCAACGAAACCUUCUUGGACAUGCAUGGGUACUGUACAAAGAAGGAAAAUCAUUGGAACUACUCGAUAACAACAUAAUCGAGUCGAGUUACGUGUCCGAGAUGCUGAGAUCACUCCACAUCGGACUUUUGUGUGUGCAAAAUAAUCCGGAAGAUAGGCCAAACAUGUCUUCGAUUGUGUACAUGCUGGAAAACGAAGCUGAGUUGACUCAGCAGCCGAAGCAGCCCGGUUUCUUCGUUGAAAGAGAUGUUUUGCCCUCCGAUACUUCUUCGACUAGCGCGUACGCAAGUUCGGCAAAUGAAAUCACCACUACACUGCCACAGGGUAGGUGAAUGAAGCCUGAUGAAAAUCUAUACAUGUAUUUAAUUCUUGAUCAUAAAUUUAAUUUAGUUAGUUGAAAUACAUGUAAAGAUCACAAGCGAUCGAUAUAUUGCGGAUUAGCAUUUUGAUUUUCGAUAAUUGUAAAGUUAAGUACAUAUGAUUAAUCUGUUGUAACAGACAUAUGUUGGCGAUUUGAGAAGUUCUGCAGUUUUGGUUUUUAAUAAAAUAAUUUUCUUUAUAAAAA